GAAUGAGUCAGGGUCUGUGAUGGUGCUGCUCGCGCUGCAAUUUCAUCAGCGGCAACAUUUAUUUCGUUUAGCUUCCUUCAAAAACACAAAACGAGAUAAGGAGAGGAGUGAAAACAAAAUUAACCUUCAGAAUUGUUGUCAUAGGUCUAUCACAUUUUACAGUUGUGUGAUUUCAAAACAACAGUGUAGACCUAGGCUAUCAUUCACAAAUGAUAGCAUUCUGGGGAGUAAAGCGUGCUUUGAAUUUUUCUAGGGAGUCAUUAAUAGACCGUUAUAAAGACAUCACAACGAAGACCCGUUGGUAGAUUUCCGCAGGGCAAUUGUAAACUGCUGUUCAUGCGUUGCUGUGAGACGUUCUUUCGGGCGUUUGUUCUACGAAAGCUUCUCAAUGCAAUGGAACCUGCAGCAAUCGGGUUCUGAGCCGCGCAACCAAACCACGUAAGAUGAAACCAUUUCGUUCUCUUAGGCAAUAGGCCUUUCUAGCAAAUGUGAACUAUACAAGGCCUUCUUAUUUGAGGAUAAUGAUGCGAGAAAUAAGAAAAGCGACACUACUUGGUCUUUAAAGCCUAUUGUGAGAGCGACAGAAGUGAUGUUGUCUCAUGCACUUCUGCAUCAAAUAAUCGUGGAGAUUAUAUUCUUCUGUUCUCCAUUCCAUUUACCAUUACUGACAUAUCAGGUGAAAUGAUGCCUGUAAGACUAAAAUAAGCAAUGAUCCUACCAUAAGGCAAAAUGGAGGGAUCUAUUCAUUGAAUCUGGAAUAAAUCAGUUGAUAUUUAAUGCAAAAGCACCUGAUGUGAAAUAUCUAACCGACAACCCUCUAUUAGUUCUUUACAGUAACGGCUUCUGUACAAUAGACUGUCCAUGUAAUUAAACAUAUUUGUGUUUAUCCAAAAGCACCUGAUGUGAAAUAUCCAUGGUAUACAAUACAAUAGAAAUGAUGAUGACCAGUAGUUACCUUAGUAGGGUACAAUCUAGCCUAGGCUACUGUCCAUGGCAAUGCUCAUGAGACCCUAGCUGAAGCCUAUAUCCGGUCUUAGACAAAGCUAUGGGGGUGGAUAUUCCAGGUAUAAUUUCGGGGAUCUGUUUGCCCACGGUUGUGUUUGCAUACCAAGCUCACUGUGUGAUUCCCGGCCAGCCAGAGUGAGGAAGUGGCGGUGUGUCUAGAUGUCACCGGAGGCAGUCUGAUGACUGGAUAACCAGGCCUGAGCAUAGAAUGCAAUACCAUAAUAAAUCCGUGCAUUGUAGGGUUAAGCAUAGGUCUAUAGAAUAUGGAAUAGAAUAGAAAAUAAUAGAUUAUAGAAUAGAGUAUGUAAACUGACCUAAGUGCCACUGGCUACAAACAGAAUGGAAUAACUGAAUUCUUCCUAAAGGGAAGUUCAAUGGGGCUUCAUUCAUAGCCUAACGUAAAACACAGGCGAUCAAAUAGUUGCCACAAUCAAGGGAUUUGAAAGUUGGCCAAUAUAGGCUAAAGCGGAUUUCCAAUAGUUACAUGCUUGUAAUUAAACAUGUGGACGAUAAUAGGCAUUUGUAACACCGCAGGAGGGCUUAGGCCUCGAUCAAAGCCAUAGUCAAAUCCAGAAGAGACGUGGCUUUUUACUUGUCACCAAAGGGAAUUUAGACACAAAACAAGGGCACAAAGAGUAGCGGUGUUGUGCUCUAUCCAAAGGCCUCGUUAUCAUUCAUGGGCUGCGCUCUGUUGGGAAGCCAAGCUACGGUGCUGUGGAGGAGUGAGGGCAGUAACCAAUUGAAAUCUCCGUUAUAGCUGCCCCUCUGUCUGCGAGGUCUCUCUCACAGGCUUUCACCAGGGCGCCCGAGGCUAUCUAUCCUCUGAAAGCACUGUUGUUAUGGGUUAACUGACUCAGGCUUUUGCGCUGUGUGAGCGUGUGUCCCUGCAUGUGUCUGUGUCUCACGGUGUGUGUGCCUGUGCAUGUGUUCCAUCCGACCACGAUUCUACGAACAGAAGCUAGACAGCAGUCACCAUGGAGGCGAUAUGGUUGUACCAGUUCAGACUCAUCGUCAUUGGGGACUCGACGGUGGGGAAAUCGUGCCUGAUCCGGCGGUUCACGGAGGGAAGGUUUGCCCAGGUGAGUGACCCGACGGUCGGCGUGGAUUUCUUCUCUCGCCUGGUGGAGAUUGAGCCGGGGAAACGCAUCAAGCUACAGAUCUGGGAUACCGCGGGACAGGAGCGCUUCAGGUCCAUCACCAGAGCCUACUAUCGUAACUCGGUGGGCGGGCUCCUCCUGUUUGACAUCACAAACCGCCGUUCCUUCCAGAAUGUUCAUGAUUGGCUAGAGGAGGCCCGGAGCCACGUACAACCACACAGCAUUGUGUUCCUAUUGGUCGGCCACAAGUGUGACCUGGAACCUCAGCGCCAGGUAACUCGUCAGGAGGCUGAGAAACUCGCCGGCGCCUAUGGGAUGCGUUACGUAGAAACUUCGGCCCGCGAAGCCAUAAACGUGGAGCACGCCUUCACGGAGCUGACCAGGGACAUCUUUCAGCUGGUGAGGAGCGGUGACAUCACUAUCCAGGAGGGCUGGGAGGGGGUGAAGAGCGGCUUCGUUCCCAACGUGGUCCACUCCUCCGAGGAGGUCACCAAGAGCGACCGGCGCUGCCUCUGCUGAUCUAGAGGGAUCUACUAGAUCCAACUAGAUCCCUGACUCGAGUCUGGUUCCCCUUAGGUCCUCCUGAACUUGCACCCAGAUCAAUUUCAGCUAUCUAGUCUAGCCAUUUGCCUCUACUGAUCUGCAUCUGGAUGGAGGAAUCCUACCCACAACUAGAUCCCUGCCUGGUUUUCAUUUGAUCCUCCUUGGUCCUCAAAAGGUGUCCACUUUUCAGAGUGAUCUGCUAUCUGGAUGGAUGAUGGAUCCCUUCCCUACAAAUAC